AUGGAGAUGCUUCACACUUCAGGCACUACAGGCUUGCCCAAGGUUGUAACUAUUUCCCAAUCAUGCAUUGCAGCUAUGGAUGUACAGCAUCGCAUUCCCCACGAAGAGGAGCAGAAACCUUAUUUGUGCGUUCUUGCUGAGGCAGAAAAGCCGUUCAUUGGAUUUCCACUAUUCCAUGUUGCCGGGCUCGCUCUAAGUUGCUUCCUACUCCUUUCACGGUGUAAGCUGGUAUUUGGACCUCCCGGUAAGCCAGCAAGUAGAGAAGUUGUACAGGAAAUUCUUCGGGUCGCAGAUGUGGAUGCACUGCUCCUACCCCCAUCAGUGCUUGAGGAUAUAACUUGCGAUUCGACAAUUCUGGAUCGUGUAAACACUUUGCGAUAUAUUCUGUACGGUGGAGGUUGUCUUAAUCGAAACGCAGGGGACAUUUUAUCCAAUAGAACGCAAUUGCUGAAUGGAAUUGGAAGUACAGAAUGCGGCAGCAUUAUCCAAUUUCCAAUGGACUCAAGAUAUUGGAACUACUUCCGCUUUUGGCCUCGCUUGAAUGGAAUCGAAUGGCGUGAGACUUCUGAAGGCUCAGGAGAGUUUGAGAUGGUUAUUGUCAAAGAUGAUGAUGUGGCACAAUAUCAAACUGUUUUUCACAAUUUCCCGGAGCUGAGCGAGUGGUGCACAAAGGAUAUUUUUGCACCACAUCCAACUAUUAAAGAUCUCUGGGAGUACCGGGGACGGACUGAUCAGCUUAUUGUUUUCUCGACAGGAAAAAAGUUGAACCCUAUAGACAUAGAAUCAAGUGUCUCCACCUGUUCGGGCGUCCGCACGGCCCUCGUCUUCGGUAAUAAUCGGCCACAUCCAGGGCUUCUGGUAGAAUUGGAGGCACCCGCAGAGAGUUCAGCAAUGGAUCGUAUUCAUAGCGAGAUUUUAACAACUUUAAAUAAUUCCCAGAAAUAUAGCUCAAAGGAAACCCUUAUUAUGGCUCGGGAUAUCCUUAACGCGAAAGCUAGCAAGCCAUUCGUCCGUUCAGCGAAAGGGACUGUGGAUCGAAAGAGAUCAUUAGAGCUAUAUGCUCCGGAAAUCGAGAAAUUUUAUUUAACUCAACCUUAUAGUUUCGAUACACCCACGUUUGAUUUCUCCAGCAGAGAUGCACUGUCAGCGGGCCUGUGCGAGCUCGUAGGUGAGCUCACUUCCACUUCAAGGCUGAGCGCUGAGGACGACUUUUUUGCUGCCGGUCUAGACUCAAGAAGGGUACAAAUCCUAGCAGCUUACUUGGAAAGCAGUUGGAAAGCUGUUAUGACCAAUGCUUCUGAAAUAAGAGAUUCGACUACCGAUCUGAUUUACGCACAUCCAACUGCGGCUAGAUUGGCAUCCUAUUUCUGCCCUGGCCCACUCGAGAGUGGUUUGGGAAGAGAGCACGAUAAUGCUAUUCAGGAAAUGCGUAAUCUCCUAGAGCGGUUAGUCUCUGUAAUUUCUGUAUUCGGCGACUAG